CACGGCUCUCGCUCUAUUGCUUGUGAGCUAAGACUGUCAUUUUGUGAAGCUUUCUCUCUGUUCAUUUUGAUCUGCCUCUCUACUGUCUCCUUGGGAUUCUAGCUCGGCCAAGUCCUGCACCUGUUUCACCUAUCUGCAGCUGGCAGGCAUCGGCACAGUGAUGUCGCUGUGAAAUAGAGUUGGGAGGAACAGAAACUCAAGCCCCCGUACAAAAGAAAACAGUGUCUGGCAACCUUAGCACCAUCAUUUGUCAAAAAAGUCGUUAUUCCCCCUUGGACUGCCCUUGUGCUGUCCUCUCACCUAUCGAGUUGAACCACUAGAGUUCUCUUCAUGCACAUAGACCAUGAACUCUUCUGGGAACGAUAACUGGCAUCCCGGUGGCCCGCCAGCGCAUCCUGGGAUGGACCAGAUGAACCAGCAACCUCGCGCCAUGGGCUCAUUCAGCCAAAACCCACAGCCGCAACAGGGUCCGUCAGCGCAACCCACAGGUCCAGUUCUCCCACCUCCAGGCGGUCCUUAUCAUCCCGCAAACCAGCCCGGUGGUCAUUCUCUUCCUGGUUUGGCUGAGCUGAGCCAGGGUCAUGCCGGCCCACACCAACCUCCUGCCUACGGACAACACCCGCAGGGCCCCUCUCAUAACCCUGGUCACUCGCUCCCGGGUAUUGGCCAGGCCAUGCAACACCCUUCUCCUCAGUCCCUGAGUCGGGACCGCGAGCGGGACUCCCGGGAACGAGAGCUGCUCGAAAGGCAGCGCCAGGAAGAACUGGCUCACAGAGAACGCGAAGUGCGCGAGCGAGAGCGCGAGCAGAUCGAACGUCAGCAGCUGGAGCGACAACGUGAGCAGCAGCAUCAUGGAGUCCAGCAUAGCGCCGCCUCAAUCCCUUUGCACCAGCCCGUAGCCUCCAAAGUGCCUAAUUCUAUCCAUGGCCCCAAUGGUCUUCUCUCCAAUCUGAGUUCGAAUCCUACCAAUGGCCCGCAGGGCUCCAUGUCAACGGCUGGAGGCCCGGGGGCGCUCUAUGGUCAGCAGAUGCAGCAUGGCGAAGGGGCGAUAAGGUCUUACUUGCAGCAUCCUGCAGGACCACCUGGUCAGCCCAUGCCGGGUUUCAACGGCUCAGGCCCUGCGAUUCCCGGAAAUGUCGCUGCCCUGGCUGCCCAGCAGCAGGGUCAGCAGCCGAUAUUGAAUGACGCCCUCAGCUAUUUAGAUCAAGUCAAGGUUCGAUUUGUUGAUCAGCCUGACGUGUACAACCGGUUUCUUGAUAUCAUGAAGGAUUUCAAGAGUCAAGCAAUCGAUACCCCCGGGGUCAUCCAGCGCGUCUCGACCCUGUUCAACGGUCAUCCUACUUUGAUCUCCGGAUUCAAUACCUUCUUGCCGCCAGGCUACCGGAUCGAGUGCGGAACAGAGGACAACCCGGAUGCUAUCCGGGUCACUACACCGUCCGGCACAAACACCCUGAGUAUGCCUCGCACAAGACAUUCCUUGGAGUCCAGCGGAGAGCUUGGACCCUCAGGAGGCAUGCCCUCUCACGGCCGGCCUGACUACUAUGAGCAGUCUCGUCCUGGCUGGCAGCAACCGCAGCCUCAACCGCAGCCUCAGCAGCCCCAGCCUCAGCCACAGGGUAAUCUGCCAGGGUCGUAUUCUCCUGGGACCCGGAUUAUACCUGGCAUUUUUGGACAGCAGGGUGGACAGAACCAGCCUCAGGAACAUCAUUUCGAUUUCCCCACUCCACAAGAGCAGCAGGCUGCGGCGGGGGCGGCAGCCAUGGCUCAUCAAUCAGACCAGAGGGGCGUGCACCUUCAGGGCGCACCCUCCGCCGCUGCUGCAGGCCUGGGAAGACCUUCGUUGCUGCACGUUCCUGUACCCUCUGGUCCAGGUUCUAACAUCAACCAAUCGAUGAACAAUCUGGCUGGAGUUGGAACAGGGAUGCUCCAAGGCGGCCAGGCAGACCUGAACAAGCGGGGUCCUGUGGAGUUCAACCACGCCAUCAGUUAUGUGAACAAGAUCAAGAAUCGGUUCUCAAGCGCCCCUGAGAUCUACAAGCAGUUCCUCGAGAUACUACAGACUUACCAGCGUGAAUCAAAGCCAAUUCAGGAUGUAUACGCUCAAGUUACUCAGCUGUUCAACACGGCACCGGACUUGCUGGAAGACUUCAAGCAAUUUUUGCCUGAGUCGGCUGCUCAUGCCAAACAACAGGCCGCAGCGCGCCAGGCAGAGGAGGCCGCUCCUACGAGUAAUCUUCGUGGAGAGGCAAGCUAUCCAAGUGCCGCUAACAUUGCCUCACAAACUCCCAAUCGUGACGUGAAGAUGCCGCCCCUGGGUCAGUUUAAUGUCAAGGACACGGCCAAGGACGGCAAGAAACGGCGGGGUGGGCCUGGAGCUCCCUCCACUAUGGCCUCCUCGAUUUCUGGACCUUCUACUGAGGCGGCCCGUAUGGCGGAGACUCAGGCUGGUCGGGCCCCAGCGGUGCAGCCAGGUGCUGCUAAUAAGCGUGCCAAGGUUCACCAUAAACCGUCUCAGGCGGAAGCUCCAGCUGUGUCGCCGACACUUGUUCCUGCGCUCCCUGAGCCGAUCCAACCUUCGUUCUCACUGACUCCGACUCAAGAGGAAUUUGCCUUCUUUGAUCGCGUCAAGAAGUACAUCGGGAAUAAGCAGACAUUCAGUGAGUUUCUCAAGCUCUGUAAUCUCUAUUCUACGGACUUGAUCGACAGACACGUUCUCGUUAAGAGAGCUGCCAAUUACAUUGGCGCCAACCCUGAGCUCAUGGCUUGGUUCAAGCGUUUCAUGCAUGUUGACGAACCUGAAGACAAGAUCGUUGAUGUCAAGGCGAAACAAGAGCCGGGCCUGGUCAAUCUCUCCCACUGCCGCUCGCUUGGGCCGAGCUACCGUUUAUUGCCAAAGCGCGAACGGCAAAAGCCUUGCAGUGGUCGCGACCAAUUAUGUUACAGCGUUCUCAACGAUGAAUGGGCCUCUCACCCUACGUGGGCCUCUGAGGACUCUGGCUUCGUGGCCCAUCGCAAGAACCAGUUCGAGGAUGCUCUGCAUCGCAUCGAAGAAGAUCGGCACGACUACGACCAUCACAUUGAGGCUUGCACGCGUACCAUUCAGCUCAUCGAGCCUAUCGUGCAGCAGUUCCUCGUCAUGACCGAUGCGGAAAGGGCUGCCUUCAAACUGCCUCCUGGUCUGGGCGGCCAGAGUGAAGCCAUCUACCAGCGUGUGAUCAAGAAGAUCUAUGACCGACAGCGGGGUGAGAAGAUCAUCAAGGAGAUGUUCGAGCGACCGUGUCAUGUCUUGCCUAUCAUCUUGUUCCGCCUGAAACAGAAGUGCGAAGAGUGGAAGGCUAGCCAGCGCGAAUGGGAUAAGAUCUGGCGCGAGCAGAUGCAAAAGGCCUACUGGCGCAGCUUGGAUCACCAAGCGAUUGCCAGCAAGGGUACUGACAAGAAGCUCUUUGUGGCGAAGCACAUCCAAACCGAGAUUCAGAACAAGUUCGAGGAGGGUCGGAAUUUGCGGAAGAGCGGCUACCAGGUUCCUCGACAUCAGUUCGAAUACACUUUUGACGAUCCGGCCGUCCUUAUCGAUGCAACGCACUUGCUGCUCACCUUUAUUGACCGGAACUCGGCUGGGUUCGGCGCGGAUCCACAAAAGGUCAUGACUUUCAUCAAGGACUUCAUUCCGGUGUUCUUUGGCAUGGAUCGUGAUACCUUCCAUGUGUACAUGAAUGAGCUGUCUAGUGGCACGCCUCCGAUCGACGAGGGGGAUGAUGAGAGUCUAGCUGCCGAGGAUGCCUCGACUCCCCGCAGUCGCAAAGGUGGUGCUGGAAAGAAGAUGGGUCUUCUCCGCGAUGUGCUCGAGCGCGCGGGUGAAAAGGUGCAUCGGGCCGAGAAGGAAGGCAGUGCCCCCAAUAGUCGGGAUGGCACGCCUGACGCUGUUCUGGUGCCCUCUACUCCGAUCCCCGAUCCCGCCGAAUCCUUCGACGUGGCCGAACUCAAGUGGAUGGAGCACCCAGGCCAGGGCAACUUCAACCAGCAACGAGAGUAUAACCUCAACGAGACCUACGAGAAGAAGGUGCAUCACCUGUACGCCAACCUUAACAUCUAUUGUUUCUUCCGCACAUUCGAGAUCUUGUAUUCGCGCCUGCUUCGCAUCAAGUUGCACGAGAAGGACGCUCAUGAGGAUGUGCGCCGUGCGUUGGUCGGAAAGCCAGCGCAGGAGCUCAACCUCAUCGACAAGUUUCCGACCGACUUCUUCUACGACUGCGACCCGAAGGCCAAUCUCUAUCAACAGAUUGUGCGGAUGUGCGAGGAAGUGAUCAAGGGUGACAUGGAGACUACACAUCUAGAGGAGACUCUUCGCCGGUACUACUUGCGGAGCGGCUACCAGUUGUACAACUUGGAGAAGAUGUUCACGGGGAUCUCCAAAUUCGCGGGCGCGAUCUUUAGUGGCGAUUCGAAGGAUCGCAGCUCGGAUAUCAUGAACCUCUUCUUCAAGGAGCGUGACAGGGAGGAGACCACUCAUAACCAGGAGAUCCAGUACCGCAAGCAAGUCGAGCGGCUGGUAAAGGACGGAGACAUGUACCGGAUCACCUACAACCCUGGCAGCAAGAAGGCGGCGGUGCAGCUGUUGACGCCUGAGGACGCCACCUUAGAGAACGAGGAACUCAGCCCGGAAGCGCGCUGGUCGUACUAUGUCUCGGCGUACACCAUGCGCGACCCGACGGAAGGCGUGGCCUUUUCGCAGAUGCGCAUGCCGUUCUUGAAGCGGAACCUGCCGGCCAAGCUGGAGCAGGAAGAGGAGUACAACCGGUACUACCGGCCGUUGGUGCACCAGGAUGGGCUGAUCAUCCGCAUCUGCGCCAACAGCUACCACAUCCUAUACGAGCCUGGCAGUUCCGACUGGUGGUGGCGGCCCACCACGACGACGGACGAAUCAGGCGAAGAGGCGGGGGGUAAGGAGGAAGCAGCCGUCAAGGAACGACGGCGGGACCGGUUCAUGGAGAAGCUGGUCAACAACCCUAGCUGGGCGCACGGGCUGAGCAAGGAUCAGGUGGACGAGUCCAACCAGCGGUUCCGUUCCUGGAUCACUGGGCCGGAGGGCGAGCCCAGUGGUGCUGGUACUGCGGCGUCCGAGGCUAAGGAGGACCAGGACGAUGCAGAGAUGGCAGAUGUCCCGCCGCCUGCCGAGUCGGAAGCCAAGGAGCCGUGA